AUGCACCCCGAGACUUGUUUGUUCCUGCUCCUCAUUGGCAUGAAGUUCUUGCCGGUCGGGAGGACCUUGCCCUGGGCCUUGAUGGCGCCCGGGAGAGGACGUCCCACGAUCGGUCAGAAUCGGUCAUCAACAGAGGACCCUCUCGACCGCCGGUUAACAACCAGAUUUUCUAAGGCGCUGUUGGUCCAGCGGACGAUUGCCAAGCUUAGGGUGUCGUCACCUAAAACCUCGAGGUUGGGGCUACCCUCUUGGUAUUGUCGAGCUCGCGAGGCUUCGGAUGUUGCCGGCAAUCUGACGCCGACCACAGGCAUGGCGCCGGUUGUUGAUGCCGACGAGCGUAGAGCGCCGGUUGCGGAGUGUGUAUUAUGUAAUGUCGUCCCCCGGGCCCCGAAGGCGCGUCGUUCUAUGCAGUUGCUCAGUCUUCUGGAUCGAACAUUGUUCUACCGACACGAGAUUAGUCGCAAGCUGGUUCAAGCUAAGUGCUACGGUUCAAUCCGAGUCCAGGUAUCCCUCAUCGCUGGCACACUCCCGUCUGGCUUCCACAUCAGACUCCGGUUUCCGAACUUUCCAGGUCUCCGUCAACUCGAUUACCGAUGCUUGCUCUCCGGGUUGCCGCAACUGUUACUAUUCAUUCUGCUGUUAUCACCUGGUUUCAUUGAGGUCGAACACGGUACCAAGUGUUUUGACGAUAAAGGCUGGACUUCAGCUUGCUCAGGCACUGGUGAUGAAUGUGCAGCAAAAUGUGUGAUUGAAGGUGCUGGAGAUUAUCCGAGUACAUACGGUGUCUCGGCUACAAAAGACUCUGUCACUCUGAAGUUUGUAACCAAGAAUAACAAUGGUGUCAAUGCCGGAUCUAGGAUGUAUCUCCUUGACAGUAGUGGAGCAAAGUACCAGAUGUUCAAGCUGAAGAACAAGCAAUUUGAAUUCGAUGUCGACGUCUCCCAACUUCAUUGUGGUGUCAAUGGAGCUCUAUACUUUACAGCCAUGGAACAGGAUGGUGGUCAGUCUACUCACUCUGGCAAUAAGGCGGGGGCAAAGUAUGGCACCGGUUACUGUGACGCCCAAUGUCCACAAGAUAUUAAAUGGAUAGAAGGAAAAGCUAAUAACAAGGGCUGGAAGCAAGGGGAAGGAGAUGUUGGAAAAGGUUCCAUGGGAUCUUGCUGUCCAGAAAUGGAUGUUUGGGAAGCCAACUCAAUUGCGCAGGCUUUCACCACGCACACCUGCCAGUCCGUGAAACCGACAGCUUGUACUGGUGAUCAAUGUGGAGGUACCGCUGCAAACCGAUACAACGGACUUUGCGACAAAGAUGGUUGUGAUUUUGCUUCUUAUCGCUGGGGUGCUACAGAAUUCUAUGGUCAAGGCAAGAAGGUGGAUACCAGCAAACCGUUCACGGUGAUCACACAAUUUGUUACCAGCGACAAAACCGAUAAUGGAGAACUCACAGAAAUCCAUCGAAUAUAUAAACAAGGCAACAACGUCAUCAAGAACGAACCGGUCAAGGUCGACGGACUUGGAAAGGCCGAUUCGUUGUCGGACAAGUUUUGUGCUGCAAAUAAGAAAAUGACUGGAGAUCAAAAUGACUUUGAGAAAAAGGGCGGCAUGAAGAGAAUGGGAGAAGCAAUGAGCCAAGGAAUGGUUCUUGUCAUGAGUAUAUGGGAUGAUGGAGAAGCCAAGAUGCAGUGGCUUGAUGGCACCUACCCCCCUGGUAAGCCUGCGGAUAAAUAUGGUGUCAAACGGGGAACUUGUGUUGCAAACAGUGGCGUCCCAAAAACUACCCGAGAACUAUUUGGAAAUGACCAGGUCAUCUUUUCGAACAUCAAGAUUCGGCCAAUUGAGACCACAUCAGAAGAAAAACCUGAACCCAAACAGAAACGAUCCACCUUCCACAUCUAG